AUGAUAGUCAUUGGAGGUGUGGAGGAGCGGCUGUUAGGAGGCAGUUUUUCCUUUGGCUCACAGUCCCUCGAUGUGGCUCUUGGUAAGGAUGCCCUGCUCAUACCCGGCUCAUCCAAAGAGCACUGCCAAAGCGUAUCUGGAGGCAGAAGUCGACCCUACAUCUCUCGUUCUACACUAGAGCCCCCAGACUCCACUCGGUCUCAGCCUCUGGCAUGGCGUCUCUUUCUUUUCCACUACAGCUGUUACCUCAGAAGACUCAUGCUUGGACUUUUGGCCAAGCUGUUGUGUUGUUUCAUAGAGGAAGAUGCUGGCAGACUCCUCCGAGGCCUACUUUGGGAACUCCCUCAGCAAAGCUGGGAAGCAAGUGAUCAGAUCACCUAUAAAGGAAGAUGUCGGGUCCUGGCUGCUUCCAGGGAAAAGCUGCAGCUAGCCAAGCCCAAAAAACCAAGCCCACCUGAAAAACUUGGAGUGGAAAGUGUUUCUAAAGAUAGUGUUUCUCUGAUGUGGCUCAAACCAGAGCAUGAUGGUGGAAGUAGAAUUGUUCACUAUAUUGUUGAAGCUUUAGAAAAAGGACAGAAGAACUGGGUUAAAUGUGCAGUUGUAAAGGCUACUCGUCACACUGUUUCUAGUCUGAGAGAAAACUCUGAAUACUUCUUCAGAGUGUUUGCUGAAAACCAAGCUGGAGUGAGUGAUCCAAGAGAACUUCUUCUUCCUGUUCUAGUUAAAGACCAACUAGAACCACCUGAUAUUGAUAUGACAAAUUUCCCAAGUAAUACUGUCUACGUCAGGGCAGGUUCCAACCUUAAGGUUGACAUUCCAAUUUCUGGAAAACCACUGCCCAAAGUGACAUUAUCCAAAGAUGGUGUCCCACUAAAAGCAACCAUGAGAUUUAAUACUGAAAUUACUGCUGAAAACCUCACCAUUAAUCUCAAAGAAAGUGUUGCUACUGAUGCUGGAAGGUAUGAGAUCACUGCCUCCAAUGCCAGUGGAACAACAAAAGCUUUCGUUAACAUUAUUGUACUGGACAGACCUGGCCCUCCAUCAGGCCCUGUUGUUAUCAGUGAUGUAACUGAAGAUAGUGUGAUUCUAAAGUGGCAGCCACCAAAGUAUGAUGGUGGAAGUCAAGUGACCAAUUACAUUGUGCUGAAGAGAGAGACAAGCACUGCAGUAUGGACUGAAGUUUCUGCAACAGUGGCAAGAAGCAUGAUGAAAGUCAUGAAGCUGACAACAGGAGAAGAGUACCAAUUCCGCAUCAAGGCUGAGAACCGUUUUGGCAUUAGUGAUCACACAGAUUCAGCCUGUGUGACUGUUAAGCUCCCAUACACAACACCUGGGCCACCUUCUACACCUUGGGUCACAAAUGUUACCAGAGAGAGCAUCACUGUUGGCUGGCAUGAGCCAGUAUCCAAUGGAGGCAGUGCAGUAAUUGGAUACCAUUUGGAAAUGAAGGACAGAAACAGCAUUUUAUGGCAGAAAGCUAAUAAAAUGGUCAUUCGCACAACUCACUUCAAAGUCAGUACAAUCAGUGCAGGACUAAUUUAUGAAUUCAGAGUGUAUGCAGAAAAUGCUGCUGGUAUUGGAAAAGCAAGUCACCCUUCUGACCCAGUUCUUGCCAUAGAUGCCUGUGAACCGCCAAGAAAUGUUCGUAUCACAGAUAUUUCAAAGACCUCUGUCAACCUUUUGUGGCAGAAACCAGCUUUUGAUGGUGGAAGCAAGAUAACAGGCUACAUUGUUGAGAAACGUGAUCUUCCAGAUGGCCGGUGGACCAAGGCCAGCUUCACCAAUGUUAUUGAAACUCAGUUUACUGUAUCUGGCUUAACUCAGAAUUCCCAGUAUGAAUUCCGUGUUUUUGCAAAGAAUGCUGUUGGCUCCAUUAGCAAUCCCUCUGAAGUUGUAGGUCCCAUUACAUGCAUCGAUACUUAUGGUUCCCUGUGA